AUGGGCGAGUCUAGAACAGAACUGCUGCAGUGGCUCAAUGAUCUGCUGCAAAUCAACUAUACAAAGAUAGAACAAUGCGGAACAGGCGCAGCCUAUUGCCAGAUCUUUGAUUCUAUCUAUGGCGAUCUCCCGGUCACUAGAGUCAAGUUUGACGCAAAGCGAGAAUACGAGAGUCUUGCAAACUUUAAAGUCUUGCAGACCUUCUUCGAGAGAAAGAAGAUUGACAAGCCUAUCCCCGUAGACAGGCUCGUCAAAUGCAAGAUGCAAGAUAACCUCGAGUUUCUUCAAUGGGUCAAACGAUACUGGGACCAGAACUAUGCUGGCCAGGGAUACGAUGCCGUCGCACGCCGCAAGGGACAGGCUGGCGAGCCUCCAGCGACGAUUGCCCCCGUCGGUGCCGCCGCAGGCCGUCCCAACAGCGGGUUACGCACCGGUGCAGGAGGCAGUGCUGCUCCUCGAGGAAAGACGCCGGUGGGAGGGGCGCGUGUCACGCCUUCGUCUGCCGAAAUCACGUCUCUCCAACACCAACUUGCCGAGUUAAAGGAACAUAUAACUGGCUUGGAAAAGGAGCGAGAUUUCUAUUUCGCCAAGCUGCGAGAUAUUGAGAUUCUUAGCCAACAGCAACUCGAAACUCUAGAGGCAGAGGGGAAAGAUGAUGAGACGUUGAGGGAGAUUCAAAAGAUUCUCUACACAACAGAGGAAGGGUUCGAGGUUCCUGACCCCGCAGCAGAAGAGGAGGAGACGUUCUAA